AUGCUCGCUAGAAAACAUCUCAUCAGGACAGCUCGACUAUCCACCCGAUUACCCCUCACUCCUCACCCCAUCCUGACUCGACCAUCCGUCAGAACCAUCACUCCUAUCCUCGUCCGCUCAUAUGCUCAAGGACCACCCAGACCACCGCCCGGCGGACCACCUGGUGGAGGUGGUGGCGGUGGGUUUGGGGGUAUGAGGUUUCCCGGAGGAGGGAUGAUGGGUGGACCGUCCCAACCUGAAAAGGGUGAAACGUUGAAACAGUUUUCGGUCGAUUUGACUCAAUUGGCAAGAGAUGGGAAAUUGGAUCCUACGAUCGGAAGGGACGAGGAGAUCAGGAGGACUAUUCAGAUAUUGAGUAGGAGGACGAAAAGUAAUCCGGUACUGUUAGGUUUACCAGGUGUUGGUAAGACUGCUAUUUUGGAGGGGUUAGCUACUAGGAUAGUCAAUAAGGAGGUUCCAGAGUCACUCCAUGGUAAACGUUUGCUUUCUCUCGAUCUUUCGAUGCUCUUAGCAGGCACAGGAGUUCGAGGUGAAUUCGAAUCUCGGUUCAAAGCAUUACUGAAAGACAUAGAAGAAGAAGAAGGCAAUGUGAUAUGUUUCAUUGACGAACUUCAUACCUUGCUCAACCUGGGUAAAGCAGAAGGAUCAAUGGAUGCGGGAAACAUGAUCAAACCAGCUUUAGCUAGAGGCCUUCAACUUGUGGGAGCUACAACACUGGACGAGUACAAGAAGACUAUCGAGAAAGAUGCAGCGCUUCAAAGACGUUUCCAACCUAUCAUGGUCAAUGAACCUUCAGUCGAAUCUACCAUAUCCAUCCUCCGAGGUUUGAAAACCAGAUUCGAAACUCAUUUCGGUGUAUCGAUAGCCGACUCUGCUUUAGUCACUGCUGCUGUCUACUCCGAUCGAUAUAUUCCCGAUAGAUAUCUACCAGACAAGGCCAUUGAUCUGGUCGACGAAGCUUCAUCAGCGUUGAAGUUAGCUCAGGAAUCUAGACCUACUGCGUUGGAAACGUUGGAUAGGGAGAUCGUCACACUUGAGAUCGAAAGGGAAUCAUUGAAGAAUGAAGAAGAUCCUUUCUCAGUCAGUCGGAGAGAAAAGGUCGAAACUCAAUUAGAAGAGAAAAAGAAGGAACAAAAGCAUUUAGCAGAUUCAUGGGCUCAGGAAAGAGAAAGAGUAGCGGAAAUUAAAAGUAUAAAAGAACAGAUCGAACAGGCUAAUAUCGAUCUGGAGAAUGCUCAGAGGAAUGGUGAAUUCGAAAAAGCAUCGAAAUUAAGAUUCUCAACUAUACCUCAACUACAGAGGAGAUUACCCAAAGCUCAAGCUGAGCUGGAUAAUGAAAACUCUCAAGAACCCAACAUGUCUGUGAAAGAUAGAGUGACGUCGGAAGAUAUAGCUGUGGUAGUAGCGAAAUCUACUGGAAUACCCGUGAAUAACCUUCUGAAAGGUGAAAGAGAAAGGUUAGUCCAUAUGGAAGAUUCCCUGAAGACUAGGGUAGUAGGUCAAGAUCAGGUGGUACAUGCUGUCAGUGAUGCGAUCAGAUUAUCACGAGCUGGAUUACAACCUCCUUCAAGACCCUUGGCCUCGUUCUUGUUCCUUGGUCCAACCGGUGUAGGAAAGAGUGAAUUGACGAAAGCUCUGGCGGAAUUCCUGUUCGCAGAUGAAAAGAGGGGAUUGAUCCAACUCAACAUGUCUGAAUUCCACGAUAAGCAUACGGUCUCUCGAUUGAUAGGUGCCACAGCUGGGUUUGUAGGGUACGAAGAAGGUGGACAACUUACGGAAGCCGUCCGAAGGAGACCAUACGCCGUGGUUGUCUUUGAUGAGAUCGAGAAGGCUCAUCCGGAUGUCGCCAAUAUCUUACUUCAGAUACUUGAUGAGGGUUGUCUGACGGAUGGUCAAGGUAGACAAGUGAAUUUUAAGAAUACCAUUAUCUGCUUGACAUCUAAUCUCGGAUCAGAAGCAUUAUACGAACCCAACGCAUGUCAUCCCGAUGGCUCGAUCACCGAUAUUACUCGAUCCGAAGUAUUGAAAUCGGUAGGAACCUUUUUCCGACCCGAAUUGAUCAACCGAUUAGAUGAGUUAUUGGUAUUCAACAAACUUCCACCGUCCAUUAUAUUGGAUAUCAUCCAAUUGAGAUUGAGGGAACUUCAGAGCAGACUGGAUCCUAGGAGAAUAACGUUGAACGUCAUGGAAGAUGCUAAGGUGUGGUUGGCUAAUAAAGGGUAUUCAGAACAAUUUGGAGCUAGGGCCGUACAGAGGAUUAUAAGAGAUAAGGUCGUCACGAAAGUUGCAGGUAAAUUACUGGAUGGUACGAUCAAGGAUGGUGAAAUCGUUACUAUCGAUCUGAAAGAAGAUGAUAUACGUAUAACGAGUAAACCCGAUCCGAAUCAACCUGCCACUUCGCAACAAUCAACUGAAAAUUUAGGUACACCCAAUGGAGAUGCCUCAAGACCUGAACCUAGGUUAUUGGAAGUACUUGAAGAUGGUGUAGAAGAGGUUGAUGAAGGUGAUGAAGAUAAACCUAGAAGAGUGCUUUACGGCUAG